GACGGGACAUCAUGGUCACAAAAACACUUUCACUCGUUGUGGCAGUAUAUUUCAUAUGCUUGGGAUUUUCGGCCAUAAUCAUUCUCAUCAAACUAAUAGUUUUUCCGGCGGAAGGAGUAUUCCUAGCAUAUUUUCUUCAGUUGCCUCUAAGUAAUUCAAUAAUGAACUCAUUUAUUUAUGCCUUUAAGCAUAAUGUCUUCAGGCACACUUUCCGAUGCAUUUUAAAAUUUAGACUGUCUGAUAUUCAGGAACCUUCUCGCCAGCUACAAGUGCUCCUUGGUCGCCGGUUGUGUGGAGAUUAAAAGACUUUCUUUCACAUCAACAAUUUCCACGAUGGACCUCACCUAUUCACAUCCUUAAGUGUCUGAUGCAUCUUUAAAUUUAGACUAUCUGAUAUGCAGGAAUCUUCCUUCUCGCCAGCUACAAGUGCUCCUCUGUCGCCGGUUGUGUAGAGAUUAAAAGACUUUCUUUCACAUCAACAAUUUCCACAAUGGACCUCACCUAUUCACAUCCUUAAAUGUCUGAUGCAUCUUUAAAUUUAGACUGUCUGAUAUAUACAGGAAUCUUCCUUCUCGCCAGCUACAAGUGCUCCUCUGUCACCGGUUGUGUGGAGAUUAAAAGACUUUCUUUCACAUCAACAAUUUCCACGAUGGACCUCACCUACUCAAAUUGUAAUUGUCCGAUGCAUCUUUACAUGUAGACUGUCUGAUAUACAGGAACCUUCUUGUCAGCUACGAGUGCUCCUCGGUCGCUGGUUGUGUGGAGAUUAAAGACGUUCUUUCACAUCAACAAUUUCCACGAUGGACCUCACCUAUUCACAUCCUUAAGUGUCCGAUGCAUCUUAAAAUGUAGACUGUCUGAUAUUCAGGAACCUUCUCGCCGGUUGUGUGGAGAUUUAAAGACUUUCUUUCAUAUCAACAAUUUCCACGAUGGACCUCACCUAUUCACAUCCUUAAAUGUCUGAUGCAUCUUUAAAUUUAGACUGUCUGAUAUACAGUAAUCUUCUCGCCAGCUACAAGUGCUCCUCUGUCGCCUGUUGUGUAGAGAUUAAAAGACUUUCUUUCACAUCAACAAUUUCCACGAUGGACCUCACCUAUUCACAUCCUUAAGUGUCUGAUGCAUCUUUAAAUUUAGACUAUCUGAUAUACAGGAAUCUUCCUUCUCGCCAGCUACAAGUGCUCCUCUGUCGCCGGUUGUGUAGAGAUUAAAAGACUUUCUUUCACAUCAACAAUUUCCACGAUGGACCUCACCUAUUCACAUCCUUAAGUGUCUGAUACAUCUUUAAAUUUAGACUAUCUGAUAUACAAGAAUCUUCCUUCUCGCCAGCUACAGGUGCUCCUCUGUCGCCGGUUGUGUAGAGAUUAAAAGACUUUCUUUCACAUCAACAAUUUCCACAAUGGACCUCACCUAUUCACAUCCUUAAAUGUCUGAUGCAUCUUUAAAUUUAGACUAUCUGAUGUACAGGAAUCUUCCUUCUCGCCAGCUACAAGUGCUCCUCUGUCGCUGGUUGUGUGGAGAUUAAAGACGUUCUUUCACAUCAACAAUUUCCACGAUGGACCUCACCUACAUGUACUCAUAUUGUAAUUGUCCGAUGCAUCUUAAAAUGUAGACUGUCUGAUAUUCAGGAACCUUCUUGUCAGCUACGAGUGCUCCUCGGUUCCUGGUUGUGUGGAGAUUAAAGACGUUCUUUCACAUCAACAAUUUCCACGAUGGACCUCACCUAUUCACAUCCUUAAGUGUCCGAUGCAUCUUAAAAUGUAGACUGUCUGAUAUUCAGGAACCUUCUCGCCGGUUGUGUGGAGAUUUAAAGACUUUCUUUCAUAUCAACAAUUUCCACGAUGGACCUCACCUAUUCAUAUCUUAAAUGUCCGAUGCAUCUUUAAAUGUAGACUGUCUGAUAUUCAGGAACCUUCUUGCCAGCUACAUGUACAAGUGCUCCUCAUAAUAAUAAUGGGGAUUUACAUAGUGCCAUCUGUCUACUAUACAUGGAGAUAUAAUCUAAUCCAAUGCAAUCUAACUUUACCCAGGCUUUAGCUGGAGCUGCUGCUUCAAGCAUUUUGUACACUCAAGAUACUGUCACCUCCACCUGGGUUGAGAGCAGCACAAUAUGAGUAAAUUUAUUGCUGAAGGAAAAUAUGCCAUGGCUGGGAUUCGAAACCCACUUACGCUCUGAUCAAAAGAUGAGAUUCAGACCCACUUAACCAUGACGUGCUACAUUCUAGUACAUUUUUGUGACCCAAUCAUUUGAAGGAUGAAACUGAAUUUGUGGUGGUGAGCAUUUUCAUUAAAGGAAAGUUCCACCCCAACAAAAAGUUGUGUGAAUAACGAGAGAAAGAUCCAACAAGCAUAACACUGAAAAUUUCAUCAAAAGCGGAAGUCCCGGCGGAAGUAGAAUAAGAAAGCUAUAACAUUUGAAAGCACCGUGAAAGUACAUGUAUACUUUCCAUCUGUGCCUGUACAUCUGCAUACCACAUGGAAAGCUGUGAAGAGCUUCGCACUCUUGUUGGUCACCCAUAAACACUCUACUGCUGAUUAAGUUUCUCUCACGCUACCGAUUAAAACUCUGCCAGCCAGGCGGCAUUUAUUACUUCAUUUCUUAACAACUCUUGCCAAGAAAGAGGAACUGGAUUUAUUCAACUCGAAACAGCAAUUGAGUGUGGCAAACUUUUUUUCCCAAUCUCAUUUAUUAAUAGGCAGUGGGCUAAAGAGUGGGGAGAUUAAUUAAGGUAACACAUUGAAGAGAGAAUUGGAAGGGAUCAAUCCGAUCAUUCAGAUUUUGGCAAGGUACUAUCUGCAGAUUAAACAACCAACACCACAAGUUCCUCAUCCACGUCUCUAAUGGACAAAUAGUAACAAGAUUGGCAGAAAGAAACAAGAGCUCUCAUUAUUCUAGCUUGGCAACGCACAUGCAAGUUGAUGGGACUACACGAGAUCAAUUAGCACCAUACCAUCGAGAACUGGGGUAAUGCUGUCAGUAUGCCAGAAGAGGUUGGGAUAUCAUUUUGUUGAUGAAAAUGUCAUGGAUACAUAUAUUUGGAUAAUCAACAGUCCGUGUGUCUCCAUUUGAUGAAAUGUGAUGGCCAAUGGGUGACUACGACAUCAGAUUUCCAUAAGGUCUAUUCUUAACAUCAGCUUCUUGACAAAGAGGGCGAUUCAUGAGCAUAAAAUAAGGAGUCUAUUCAUUGAACUUCAUGAAAAUCAUCUGGAUCGAUUAAUGCAAAACUUCAGUUUGCAUAGUGAGCCUCGCUAUCUGACAUACCAGCCAAAAAGCAUUGAGAGAUCAUUGCACACUCGAUGGACAUCCUCACUCAGAAAGAGUGCUUCACCACCACCGAUCAUUUCCAACCAAGUCAUCUAAUGCCAACUUUAUAUUUCUAGACCAGAGACUCUUGAGUAAAGCAGCACUGUGACUUGUUUCAUACCUCACAGGAAAGUUUACCAUACAGCAGGGAGAACUACAGCAGCAAUGGAGCUACCGAUCGCAUCUCUCCUCCUGCUAUUCUUUGCCUUUGAAGCGGUUGCAGCGGUCACCUACUGCCCGCCGCUCUGGACGCACUACCAGUUUGACCACGGGAUAUUCUGCUAUCGUUUCUUUGGUAAGCGCGUGAAAUGGUCCGAGGCGGAGGUAACGUGCGCAGGGUAUUCCUCCUGCAAGGGAGAGGAGCUGGCUCACAUUGUUUCCAUGACGUCGCCGGAGGAGGAGAUGUUCAUCACAGAGUUAAGGCAGAGCAUCACUGGAAUGUUUGGUGGAGGAGACCCAGGGAUGUGGAUAGGUCUGUCAGACCGAGGCCACGAGGGCCAGUGGAGCUGGCUGGACAAGUCACCCGUCAACUACACCAACUGGCACAGGGGCGAACCCAGCGACUCCGCCCAAAUGGAGAACUGUGCUCGUCAGAUUGUCCCCAUGAUGGGUGUGGCGGUCUGGGUGGAUUCUUCGUGCCACGAGAGACAUCCCUUUGUGUGUAAGAUGCCUGCACAAUAAUCCCUUAACCAAGAUCAUCAAGAUAUCAAUUCAUAAGAUUUCACUUGGAAGCAAAUUUAUAGGCACUAAUAUUUAUUCCACAUUGCAUAGUAAGCAUGCCUACAUGUAUAUCCAGAGAGGGAAGUACAUGUACCCUUGCCUAAUCUUGGGAUUGUACCAAAGACAAUACAAGGGGAAGACCGGACACUUUAGCGAUCUUUUUAAACACUCUAUUUCGCUCAUGGGGAAGGGCGCCCAACAGCAUUGAGUAAGUAAACCUUCACACAUCGCACGUGACUGUGUAUAAAACAUAUGGGGGGAAAUGAGAGUGUUUGGGAGAGGGCACAAGGGUGGCACAUGUGGAUAAUUCCACCUUUUCUUUCCAAGAAACCUCUAAGAUACAUUCAUCUCUAAUUAAAAAAAAAAAAUUGAAGAAAUAAAUUUCUAAAAUGUAAAAAUUGUCUAUUUCUACACCCCUAUACCAUUUCUCUUGUACGUUUUGUACACAACACAAAAUGGCAAUGCGCAACGGUCUACUUACUAAAAGCUGUAGGGCGCUCUUCCCGAGCGUUUCAUUACGCGCUCUAUUAAGUGUCCAGUCUUCCCUUAGAAGUGUAUUUGAUUGUACUCACAUAUUUCUUAUAGGGUGUUGCAAGAAACUUGCAAUUGAUCGCAAGCCAAAUGUAGGUCCUUCAAUCAAUCACAAGUCUUUUAAUAUAAAAUUGAACAUUUGCAAUUGAUUGAUGGUCUGCUUCUUGCAUGUUUUGCAAUUGAUUGCAGAUAAUUUCUUGCGACACCCCCUUAGACGAGCCUUUUCAAACUGACUUUUUGUCUGAUAUUUUGAUGGGUGUAAUUGUGUCAUAUUUUGAAGAGUGGGGUCCCUUCUUACCCCCCUUUUUUUUUGCUUGUCAGAAAAUUCUGAAGAAAAUUAUCCUCUUCAUGGUGAAAAACUUUUUUCAGUUUUUUUUUCAAUGACAUUAUCAUGUCUUCCAUGCCCAAAGUACCAUACCGAUGAACUCUAGUCUGCAGGCACAGACCCUGAUUGAAAGUGUGCCUCCACGCAAAGACUAGCACAUACAAAACUUGCUGUUUCUAUGAGGGCCUUCGGUAAACAAGGCAUGAGUAGGCUGCACAUUCAGACCCUUAUGAACUCGAGUGAAGGGUUUGCACUGCAGACUAGAUGAAUUCUAUGCCCUCAGUACAGAUUCAUGGUCCAUGGAGUUUAUGACUAACCACAUAUGAGAAAGACAAUCCUAGCGAAUUAAAUGUUUACAUUAUUGAUAAAAUGCCAAGGAAAAUUUGGCAAGAAGAAAAUGUCUGACCUGAAAAAUCAAUUUUCACCUGUAGGGUUUAUCUGUUAAUGAAAACGUCAUGCUGGUCUGGAAAUGUGUAUUUCAAAUUCAACAAUGAGAAAUGGAUGACAAAAUGAGUCACUUUUUUCAGAAUCAUAAGGGGCAUCAAUGGAGAUUAACUUUGUAAAAAUGUGCCAUCCCUAAGACAAAUUCUUAAUUUCAUAAUUUAUCUAAAUACAAAUGAAUGUUGUCUUAUGGAGUGUUGUUAUGUACAUUGUACAUGGUGUUUAUAUUUUAUUCAAUCAUUUUGUAUGUUAUAGGCCUCAUAUUGUAACCAAAAGCCGGGGGGGCAUAAAUAUAAGAUAAGUACUGUAUGUGCCAUAGUUGAGACCCCAUUCUUAGCCUAAAUUUCAGUUCCAGAGCAUCACCAAUUUAGAAAGCCAUAGAAAUUCCUAUUUUUCCCCGUUCCAGUGCCCCUCAAAUGUGUGAUUCUCAUGCCAGUGCGCUACUAUAGCCGCUACCUUGUACGAUAUAAUGAGUUCUGGAGACCACCGCUUUUUAAUGUGGUCAGUUCCAGAGCAUUGCAUUUUUAGCAAUCGUUGAUCCCAGAGUCGUCCCGGAGACCCCCAUUUUAAGACCUUGAUUUAGUUUCAGAGCCCCAUAUUUUCGACUUUGGUGUGGCAUAUAGGUAUCAUGUUCUUAUUUGAGUAGCCCCCCCCCCCCCCCCGGGGACCAUAAGUACCACAAAAAAUCUGUCAGAUAUAUCAAAUUAAAAUUACAUCCAUACAAGAAAAUGAGUCACAACACCAAACAGACUAACCGAGUACUGAUAACUCUCACUCAAUGGUAGCCGUCAAUUUAUAGCAAAAUACCAAAAAUACCAAAACAUCACAUUGGGAUAUCUAGUUCACUUCUAUUUCACUUCAAUCGCUGGUCUCUAUCCUUUAAUAAAAUCUGGAAUUACUCAAUUGUAACAAUUUUUCAUCCUGUAUUCCUUUGCAACAAUUGACGCUAAGGGCAUUAUCUUCAAUUAACUAUCCAAUGCUCCAAGCACUUUCUACAGCAUCUCCCAAUCUCUCCCCCCCCCCCUCUCUCUCUGACCCCGUUCUCAUUACGCCUUCUAAAACUAGUUUACUGGAAACCGAUUCAAGAAACCAGUUUGGAAGAUCGAUUUGCUAGCGUUCCCAUUUGAUCACCCGAAAGUGGUUUUCAAAAUCACUUCACGUAAAUCGAUCUUGUUGCUAAGGGAACACUGUCAGUGGGGUGACACGUUUCGCACGAAAUUUGAAACUGCAGCGUAGGCAUUCUACGCAGUGUGUGGAGUAGCGCGCUCAAAAUGUGCGAAGAUCGCUUCCUGAAGAACGGUUGUGUCUUCAAUUACGAUAAAACCAGUUUAACGAGGCAAAGCGAUCUUGAAAACUACAUCGCGAGGUGGUUUUAUGAACCGGUUUGGAAGAUCGCUUUGACCGUUCUAAUUACACGUUAAACUAGUUUCCAAUAAACUAGUUUUAGGAACGUAGUGAGAAUGGUGUUUCUCUCUCUGCUCCCCCACCCCCAUAAGAAAAUUAUCAGGAAACAUCAAAACUUUCAAGCCCACAUCCCACUUCCCAAAGGGAUUAUUACAGUUCAAAGACUCCAAGGAACAUUGUAAAUUGUAUUUCUUUCCAGAACUGCAAUGAACUCAUGGAAGUUCUCUGUACAUUGAUGCAGGAAAUGUGAGAAAAAUAUAAGAUACACGUAAACAACUCUGAAACGGGAUGAAAUGAAUGUGACUUGUAUUCUUUCUGACCAUACUGUACGUACUGCUGGUCAUAUUCAAAGUUGAAUGUACUGAACUUUGAAAUGUAAUGUGCAUGUGAUAUCAAGACCAGUGCCUUCAAAGCUUGUUUCAUAUACUGAGGAGAGUCUGUUUCCUAUGAUUUGUACUGUCUUGUGAAGAAAGUGUAGCAAAUUUACAUUUGUCUAAGAUUCUGCAACAGCUCUCAUAUGAAGCAGGUGGGUGUUUCAUAAAGCUAUUCGUAAGUUAAGUCUGUUAAGAGCAACUUUAAGAACGACUGGUGAUCCUUUCUUAUGGUAUACGUUCAUUGGCAUGGUUUAAUGAGUAAGAAAGAAUCACCAGUCAUUCUUAAAGUCACUCUUAACUUACAAACAGCUUUAUGAAAGCCCCCCGGUGGAAAGAUAGAAAAAUAAGCUAUAAUGCUUUUCUAAAAUGGUCAUGAUUAUAAAACAUAACAUAAGAAUUGGUUAAAAAUUGCCCUGUCCUAUACACAUGUACUGUACAUGUACAUCUUGGAAGAUGCAAUUCAGAGGAGUAUGGCUUUGGCAUUAAAAAUCGAUUAGCUAGAAAGACUCAGUCAUCAACUUUCAUUGUGCAAUUCAAUAGCUACGUACAGGUCCUUUUAUGUGAAACAAAUACAAAACAUGCAUGCAGUUCUUGGGAUUUAAGGUAAUAAACAUGGAAGCCUGUGUGUAUCAGGAGGGGGGGGGGGGUACCUAGCUGUAUAACUGUACACACGUGCAACCAGAAAAACGUGUACAUCAUUAUAAGAGGGUAGUUUUGUGGGUCGAUACCAGAUAGCUAGUGACAGGAAUCGGUCAAAAGACUUCUUUUACAAAGAAUUGUUAUUAAUAGAUCUUUCGAUCUCUGAAAUUAACAACAAAACUCUCAGAGUUCAAUAGUUGUAUUUAUAUUCUUUCCACAGUAUCAAUCUUGAUUUCCAUGCCACAGAAUUUCUUACAUACAAGCAUGGAUUACCAGGAUUAGGGCUCUACAUCAAAAGUUUAACCCCUCCCCCCCCCUUUUUUUCUCAGUAGCGACUGACCCCUUUCUCACCAAUGACUUACCCCUUAACCUUGUGUAUUGUACCAUUUCAACAUGACCUAUCCCCAUCUUCAUUACCAAUACCAAUUUACAUCUAAAGGCCCCCACACACCUUUACACCACUGGUCCAUUAUGAUCUGAUUUUGGAACAAAUCACAUUUUGCUUUAAAUUUCUGAAAAUGUGAAUGAACUUGUAUCUUUUUAUUUGAGGUUCAAAUUAACUGUAAUAAUAAAAAUAGAACAAUUUGGAUAAUUGCAAGCCUUUAUUUUGGAAAAAAAAAAACUGGUUUAAGACAGACAAAGGUAUAUCGAUGCAAAAUUACAACUAGAUAUUCAAUUCGAUCUUAUUCUAAUAUGGACGGUAGCAUAGUUAUACAGACUUGAACAUAAGAACUUAGAACAAUUUGGUAUACCAUGUUAUUCCAAAAUCAGGUCGCAAAACAAUUGUAGUGUGUGCAGUGGCCUAAUAAUAUGAAAAAGUAAAUCCGCAGUGGUUGGCACAAUAACCAUUUGACUUCAGGUAUAACAGUUCUUCCUGUUUAUAUCUUGUGUAUAAAUUAUAGCUUACAACAUGUUAAAGUAGCAAAAUAUAAUAAAUAUUGGUGACUUUCAUGUAUAUUGAUAGGCCUACUAUUUCUAAUGUUUAUUUGUGUACAUGUUGCCUUAUCUGACAUUCUUAAAACAAGAUCUCAUUGAUUUUCAUCUUUUAUUCAUUUUCUUUCUUUUUUGUUUUUGUUCCUACUAUUAAGCGUAUAUCUUUAUUUCAUGUGUAAUACCAUCACAAUGUCUACCUCCAAAACAGGAAUUGUUGUAAUUAAAUGCAUCUGAAAAAUCAAUCACAUGUCACAAAUGCAUGCUUUUUAAUAGUUGAAAAAUAAUUCACAUACACUGUACAUGUACUUCAAAUUGAUUAGCAAAACGCUUGAAAAAACAACAGCUUUCUAUGGGCAUGUAUUUCAACAUUUCAAGUAUAUUUGUUGAAAGAUGCAAAGUAUUCAAUAUCAUGGUACAUUUUAUUUCAAAGAAAUUUUUGGCAUAAUUGUUAAAUGUGAAAGUAAAGAAAUUACACCAGACUCAAUUUUGUUUAGGUUAGUCAUGAAACUUGAUACAUUAGUCGUAAAACUGAUUCAUUCGUCAGAAGUGCAUUGGCUUCCCUCUGGGGCACAAUGCACAGUGUAUGUUAAAUCAACACAGUAGUAAGGGAGAAAAUACAGAUAGAUGCCUCAUGGUGUGAUUCAACUUGACGAAUGAACCAAAUUAACUUUUUCUAAAAGCGCUGAAUAAAAAUGAACAAAAUCAAGUUUGUUUUUAUUUCGAAAAAAAAAUGUGUACAAGUGUGUAGAAUAGCAUCAUAGAGUUGAGAGGGGGAAUCAAAAUCAUCUCUUUUGUACAUUUGUAAAUAGCAAUUUUCUAAAUGAUUUUAAGAGGUACUCAUUAUGUUUAUGCAAACUUUUGAUAUAUUUUCUGCACUUUGUUAUGUACAUGUAUCAGUAUUUGUUAUCAUAGAAUGUUUGUUAUUUGAAAAAGAAUAUUAGUAUACUGC